AUGGAGUCUCUUUUUCCUAACAAAGGUGAAAUAAUACGCGAGUUACUGAAGGAUCCUUUAAUAUUAAAAAAUGACAGCAAAAGGUCCAAUGGCAGUGAGUUAGAACUUGAUUCUAGUGACCUACUACAACGCGAGGCAAUUCUAGCCAACGAACUGAACAUCCUAGAUAAUUUGAAGACGUUUUUAAAUCUCAUAAAAGAAGUUAAAACUAAUUUGAACAUACUAGAACUAGAAAACUGCUACUAUUCGUUGCAGUCAUUGCGAAAAAAGAUGCGUAAUAAUGCUGCUUAUCUUAAGCAAAGCUUUAAUUUCCAGCAGUCCAUUUCUACCUACGUCGACACACUGCAUUUAGAACUUGUCAGCACGUUGUAUAAAAUUCUUACUAAUGGAUUUUGGAAGAUUACCGAGAAUAGCAUCCAAUUUACGCCCACAGUGGAAUGGGGUAAAGACAAGGUUCAUAUUGAGUAUGAUACAUUUAUGGAUUUUGUGGCCCAACAGUAUUUUCCUAAGGGUAGUUUGGACAAUCAAGCUUGGUUCAUUUUAGAUAUGACCAGUGCCGACUCUCAAGAGCAGGUAAGAGCAAAAUUGAAUACAAUCAUGAAGGAGUAUAUGAACCUUUCCAGGAUUGUAAGCAUGAUCAAAAAUUCUAUUUUUAUAUCUGGUAAAGAAAUCUCAUAUGAAAACGAAAAAAACAUACUUGUCUUUUCUAAAUCCUCUUCGCAUGGCCAACAUUGUGUGUCUACUGUAUUAACAAGUUUUGAAGCAGUAUGCGAUUUCAUGUUAGACGGAUUAGCCUUUAGAGACAGAAAGACCUUAAGUUAUGAGCUAGGUCCCUUGUUCAAUACGGAGUUUACCAAAUUUGUGAAAAAUAAUGCAUCGAUAAUUUUAGAAUCACUUGAUUCACCGCUAAAAAAUCUAGUUUCUGUCAUAAAUAACAAACUAACUAGACUAGUUGCCAAAUCAGAAGUUACCAAUUGGACACAUUCCGGUAAAGAGAUUCAGGAUUUGUUAAUGAACAAACAAUUAUACUACAAUUUAUUACUAGAUAAAGUUCUUGAAUCGCAUAUUAGUGAGAUAAGAAGUAUAUUUGAAGAUCCAAAAAAGAGCUGGCAAAAUUUGGAAGUAGUUGAGCUCACUACUAGCAAUACUAAUACGAUGAGCGAAAAAAUUGGAAAAAAUGAUUCAGAUGUACAGAACGAAAAAGAACUCCAUAAUGCCGUAUCCAAAGAUGAUGAUUGGAAUUGGGAAGUAGAGGAUGAUGAUGCCGAUGCAUGGGGUGAUGAAAUUGAUGUAAAUAUUGACGACGAGGAAGAAAAAACAAAUCAAGAGAAGGAAAAAGAACCAGAAGAAGAAGAAAAUGCCUGGGAUGAAGCCUGGGCAAUUGACGAAAAUAUAGAUGAUGCUUCCCUAGAAAAUGGAAAGGAACAUUUAAAAGCUCAUGAUGUAGGAUCACUUGAUAAAGACCACAUUGAAGUUACACAGUUACCAAAAUUGUUCUUGGCAAUUUCACAGAAUUUCAAGAGUAGCUUUGCAGAUAGCCAUGUUGAUGAGCAAUACUUUGCGUACAAAUACAACCUUUUGCAGACAUCGUAUAUGGCCAUGUGCACAGCUAAUUUUUCUCACAAUUGGUGCCAAUUAUAUGUGGAUAUGAGAUAUCUAAUAGAACGAGAUGAAAAGCUGUAUAGAAUAAAAGAAUUAACAAGGAACCUGCUGGAAACUAAACUGAACAUGAAAUAUCGUAUUGUCUGUCAACUAAUCAGGCAUCAAUUGACCGAAUUUCGUGAGAACGAGAGAAAUCCAUCGUGGGACGCCACCAUUGAGAAACUGCUACCUUAUAUCUUGAAGGAAAUUGUUCGUCCACUGCAGAAAAUAAGAGGUGAAGAAGGUUCCCGUUACUUGUUGUCUUUCUUAAACUUUUUAUAUAACGAUUGCGUGACAAAGGAAAUAUUAAAAUGGCAGAUUAUCUCUGAGGUCAAUUCCGAAAAUUUGGGUGAGCUCGUAUCUUUAUUAGUGAACAACACCGAUAUACAAUUAUUAGCGAAGGAACCAAGUUACAAAAAGAUGAGAGAAAAAUUCGCCACUAUGGGCAAGUUUCUACCAUUACAUUUAAAGGAGAUUAUGGAGAUGUUUUACAAUGGGGAUUUUUAUCUUUUUGCGACAGACGAACUAAUCCAAUGGAUAGAGUUAUUGUUUGCCGACACUCCCCUGCGAAGGAAUGCCAUUGAUGAUAUUUACGAAAUUAGAGGCACUGCUCUAGAUGAUUAA